AAAAGGCUUUUUUCACCCACUGGGAAUUGUAGUUUUACUUGCUUUGAUAUGAUCGUUUUUGCGGCGUUCAGACACUCAAACUCCCAGAAUGCCUUUCGCUCCGCCUAAGCUCCAAGCUGACCGGGUUACGCCUACGUUAAAUCAACUGUAAUCCUUACUGUACACAGUUGAAUCCUCUGCGGGUAUUUUCUCCUGAACCAGAAGUUUGGUCCAAAUAACACUAAAAGAAAUGGACAACACUGGGAAAGAGAAAGAAGCGAUUCAGCUAAUGGCCGACGCUGACAAAAAAGUCAAGUCUUCCGGCUCCUUUUUGGGAGGAAUGUUUGGAGGAGGACCUCACAAAGUGGAGGAAGCGUGCGAGAUGUACUGCAGAGCUGCCAACAUGUUCAAGAUGGCCAAGAACUGGAGUGGGGCUGGAAACGCAUUUUGCAAAGCUGCUCGUCUCCACAUGCAGCUGCAGAACAAACAUGACUGUGCGACCAGUUUCAUUGACGCAGGAAAUGCUUACAAGAAAUCUGACCCUAAUGAGGCAAUCAAGUGUUUAAACGCUGCCAUCGAUAUUUACACAGACAUGGGCAGAUUUACCAUCGCUGCCAAACACCACAUCAGUAUCGCAGAGAUCUAUGAGUCGGAGCUGGUGGAUAUCGAAAAGGCCAUUGCACAUUAUGAACAAGCAGCAGACUACUACAAAGGAGAGGAGUCAAACAGUUCUGCCAACAAGUGUCUGCUGAAAGUGGGAGCUUACUGCGCUCAGCUGGAACAGUACCAGAAGGCCAUCGAGAUCUACGAGCAGGUCGGAGCGAACACGAUGGACAACCCGCUGCUGAAAUACAGCGCCAAGGAGUACUUCUUCAAAGCCGCCCUCUGUCAUUUCAUCAUCGACGAGCUCAACGCUAAGAUUGCMGUUGAGAAGUACGAAGAGAUGUUUCCGGCUUUUUCCGACUCCAGAGAAUGCAAGUUGCUGAAGAAACUUCUCGAGGCUCACGAAGAACAGAACAGUGAAGCGUUCACAGAGGCAGUAAAGGAGUUCGACUCAAUCUCCCGUCUGGACCAGUGGCACACAACCCUCCUGCUGCGCAUCAAAAAGACCAUCCAGGGUGAGGAGGGGGACCUGAAAUGAGAGGACCCACAGACUAGGGAAGCAGCAUGAAGGGACAAUUCCACCACGCAUGUUCUAACACACACACGUCCUUAUAUAAGACCCGGAGAGGAGCACCUGCUCAUGAUUUCGGUUUUGCUCACAGCUGUAUUGUAAGAACACGUACCUGGUUAUUUCUGUGUAUCUGACUCUUGUCAGAAUGUAAAUCCUCUGGCCCUCGCCUCUGAUUAGAGGAUUGCUGCAAACCUCCUCCUCCUCCUCAGUUCAUACCUGAAUAACUUUACUGCGGUGUAUUGUUUGGAAUCUGCCACUAAUAACAAGAGCAUGUUUUGUAGAAUUGUUUCCUAGUCUGACGCAGCUUGUCUUUUUUUUUAGACCUAGUGGAAAAUAUACAUUUAAAAUGUUUUUGUUUCUUAUUUUAAAUACUUGUGGAUUGUUAAGUGAUGAUACUUUACUAUUCUGUUUGUAGUAACAGAAAAGGGUCUAAUGAAUGCUUUUAAACUGAACUAUUUAUCAAAGUCGCAUCUUUUUCACGUGGAAUGAUUCUUCUUGAAUCGUAGAAAUGAUAUGCACAAGUAUAGACUGUUAAAUAUUUGUAUCUAAACAUGACUGAUUUUAUUAUUUUUAUUAUUAUUAUUAUAGGCUAUGUGGAUUUAACAUGUUCUUUGAACCUGUAAAGCUGUAGUGUAAAAGAAUUGAGAGCACUAACACAAAGCCCCUUAUUCCCCAUUUGCAGGGCAGUUAUGAGGUAAAGUACGUUUUUAGUCGGUCAUCUUGUGCUCUAAAUGUAGUGCAUGUCAUUGUGUUAGCCCAAGUUUUUACUAAAAGGUCAGUCAUUGUGUGUACUCACCUUCCAGGUAUGAUCUGUGUGCUUGUUCACAUGAACAUUAAUAAAAGUAAUAAAUGUGAUACUGUUGU